CAUUAUACACUAACGAGUCAAAAAGUUUAUUGACACGAAUGUACUUCUCACAGAGGAAAUUUUUACAUUAUCUUGAAAAUGUCGGUGGGGAAAGUCUAUGUACUGAAGGAGCAGAAGAUAGAAGAAGAUGCUCUUAGAUAAAAAAAAAAAAAACAUUGUGUAGUAUACAAAGUUUUCAAAGCGAAGAUAACGUUGUUACGACUACAUAACGAGCUGCCCUCGGUUCAAUCGACUCAAUUAAGUCUAUGAGUUUCGUAUUGCGUGUUGCUCAGCUUUCGUGAAACGGGUCAUCAUAGGUUAGAUUUUCAGGUUAGUAGGUACAUGCUACUGUGUGCAAAGUUCUGACAAUUGAUUAGAAAUUAUUUGAUGAAUUAAUUGCUUACCAGUGAGAAUAUGGAGAAAGUGCCAAAUUUUAUUCAAGGAUUGCAAGAAGUUUCCACGGAGGAGAGUGGCGGAAAAAUACUUUUUGCAACGGAUGAUUUUUUUGGAGUCGCCGAAAAUUUAUUAAAGACGAACGAGCCGUUAUGGAAUGACGAGUACACGGAAUUUGGGAAAUGGAUGGACGGGUGGGAAACUCGUAGGAAAAGAAUCGCUGGCCACGACUGGGCGAUAAUAGCCUUGGGUGAUCAGAGCAACAUUCGCGGCAUCUGCGUCGACACGGCAUUUUUUACAGGAAAUUACGCGCCAAGAUUCUCUUUGCAAGGAGUUUGCUUAAGUCAUGUUGAAGGAAUUCAAAAUCGUAGAAAUCGAAUGGGAACAGCCGCGGACAACAAGGAGCUGGAAAAAGUGUCGGAGCUGGACUCGGAGAAUUGGGAAACGUUAAUGCCAAUGACAACGUUGAAAAGUGGCAAACCAGAGACUCGAAAGCACUACUUUGAACUAAGGAUCGGCAAACAAACUUUUACUCAUUUGCGCUUCAACAUCUUCCCUGACGGCGGAGUCGCACGACUGCGCAUCUACGGAAAGACCUUGAAGUCAUCGCUAAUAACUGGCUUGGAAGUAAUGAAACAGCUACACGGCAAGUGCAUUGAGUUCAGCAAUGCGCAUUACGGACACCCAGACGCUUUACUAAGUUCAUGGCCGUCCAAAGGCAUGUACGACGCCUGGGAAACAGCAAGGAGAUUGGACCGGCCGCCGAAGAUCGACGUAGACGCUUCGGGAUUCAUGCAGUUUAACGGCGAAGAGUGGGCGAUAUUUCAGUUGGAGAAAGCUGCAUUUGUUAAUCUCGUGGAAGUUGAUACAACGCAUUUCAAGGGUAACUGCCCCGACAAUGUAAAAAUCGAAGGAGCUUACGUCGAUUUCGAUGAAAAUUUGAAAUCAGCUACUUGGGACACAAUUUUAAAUCGAACCAAGCUAAUGCCAAAUAAAAGGAAUGGAUUAAAAGAUCCUUUCAUCGAAGUGAUUAACAAACCAAUUAAUCACUUGAAAAUUGUAAUAGCACCUGACGGUGGUCUUGCGAGAAUAAGAAUUUAUGGCACCGACUGGAAUUUAUGUAAAAGAAAAAAAAAUUUCAGCGAAAAAGAAAGAAUCAGCAGCGUACAAGAUUGGGUAGAAACUCCUCAAAAUGGCAAUUUUCUAAAUUUUAUCAACGCAUCGCCAAUUUAUUAACUUUAGACAAUCCAUGACAACGAGUAUAUUUUUAUUUAAUUUU